AUGAAGCAAAUGUACAUUCUUCUAACUGUGCUACUCUGUACGGCAGCCGUCGCGGAUGCCGUUAUACUUGUCUACGCGACGACAUGUGUGAAAUGUAAAAGCAUCGGUGCGCUCUACUGUAACUAUGGGUAUAUAUACCAGAAAGGAAUCCUAUGCGACGGUCAGAGGACUAUCCAUAGCUGUGCGGAUUGUCAACGAAGAGUCGGCCGUUGUUCAUUCACCAACUUCAUUCCGCAGUGCAACUUGUGA